AUGUAUAUAUUAUGUGUAAAACACGACAGGGAAAAGGUGAACAUUACAACGGGAAACAACUGCAUUCUGCUUCAAGAAAAUGACAGAGAUAAGACUUCGAUUGAAUGGAACAGUUACGUGAAUGAGGGAGGAAAUCCCUUCGAAAGUGCUACUUUCACUUCCGCAGCUGAGCAUCUUGUGGUGAAAAAUAUAACCUUCAAGAAUACAUAUAAUUUGGAGGUAGAAGGAAGAAAGGUAAAUAAGGCUGUAGCAGCAUCGAUAUUUGGAGAUAAAUCUUCAUUUUACGAUUGUGGUUUCAUUGGACUUCAAGAUACACUUGCUGAUGCAUCGGGCCGCCAUUAUUUCCAUAACUGCCAUAUUGAAGGGGCUAUGGAUUUCAUCUGGGGCAAUGGACAGUCCUAUUGCGAAAUAACGGUGCGAACAUAUCCCCGUCCACGGUAUCCUGUCACAAGUGUUACAACAGCACAAGGGAGGGAAAGUGAGGAACAAACGACUGGCUUUGUUUUCAAGUUUGGAAAACUCAAUGGCAUAGGAAAUCCUACUACCUUUCUCGGAAGAGCUUGGCGAACUUGUUCAACUGUUCUUUUCAAGAACAUGACCUUUUCUGGUCAUGGUCAAUUAGUCAAAGUUUUGCCUAUAGGAUGGGAUCAUUGGGAGAAAGACGUAAGACGAAUUGUGUACGCCGAAGCUGAUAACACUGGAUUAGCAUCCGAACUAGAUGACAGAGCAAGCUGGGAGAGGAUUGGGAAAAAGAGUCUUACUGCUGAGCAGUGGCAUUAUUACACCGACAUGUCUUUCAUCGACCACGAAGGAUGGCUGAAGCAACAACCCUAG